UCCCAGGACCGAAAUGAUUAUCCUUGCCCGAUGGGUCUACAUCCAUCUCCAAAUGUCCUAGUGAGUUUACCAACCUCACAAGAACAACCCAAAUUCCUAACUUAAUUCAAGAGCAAUAUCUCAGGAGUAUCUUGACCGUAUCCUUCCUUGGAGUAUCUGAGUAGUAUCCUAAAGUCAACAAUACUCCAAAUGGAGUAUCCAAUAUGUAUCAGAAGGUAUCGUGGGGUACAGGUAUCCGAUACCAUCCGUUGUCCAAAUUUGAAGUAUCGGUGCAACUACAACAUAGGUUAAGAUAUAUUUUUCAUGUGCACAAGUGUGUAGUGUUAUUGAGUACUGAUUCACUUGCUGCAGGAUGUGGUAAGAGAACAGUUGUUAGAUACAUUUCUCGUCGAUUGGGCCUGCAUGUAGUUGAAUGUCACAAUCUAAUGGCAUCAUCUGAAAAAAGGAUGUCUGUUUCACUAGCUCAAACCUUGAAUACAGCUCAAAGAUACUCGCCAGCAAUACUUCUUCUCCGGCAUUUUUAUGUUUUCCGGAAUUUGGGCUCUCACGAAGGUUCGCCAAGUGAUCAAGUUGGAAUAACUUCUGAAGUGGCUUCACUUAUCAGGGAAUUCACUGAGCCAAUUUCUGAUGAUGGAGACAUGGAUUCCGAAGAAAAACAUAAUGGCGAUAUUGUAAGAUGCAACUGUUUUAGUUCCACAUAUCUUGGUUUAGGGAUACUUAGUUGAAGAAUGAACAUCUACUACUCUGUACCUCUUUAUUUUGUGUGCGUGUCCAUUGAUCUAUAAUUGUAUUGUUUAUUAUUUUAAUCUUAGUAACCUAAAUCAUAUUGGAGCAUGAGCAGGAUGCUGGGAAGAUAGGAAGGCAUCGGGUGCUGUUAAUUGCAGCUGCUGACAGUUCUGAUGGUCUGCCACCAACUAUUAGACGCUGCUUU